AUGCAACAGCUUGGUAUUAACACGAUUCGAGUCUACAAUGUUGAUCCGACCUUGAACCAUGAUCUCUGCGCCUCCAUCUUCAAUGCUGUCGGCAUAUACAUGUUCAUAGAUGUCAAUUCACCUCUGCCACUCCAGAGUUUGGAUCCUGGGAACCUGGUUACCUCCUACAGCUCGACCUACUUGAACCACAUUUUCAGUGUGGUGGAAGCCUUUGGGCAGUACCCAAACACUCUGGCUUUCAUCUCAGCCAACGAAGUGAUGAACACUAUCGCCACUGGGCAGACUGCACCGCCAUAUAUCCGAGCAGUGACCAGGGAUCUCAAGUAUUAUAUUUCCAAACACUUGAGUCGUCCAAUACCUGUUGGCUAUUCUGCGGCAGACGUUUCAGAGAUCUUGACCGACUCCUGGAAUUACCUUUCUUGCGACAUCAACGGCCAGUCCUCCGAUCUAUCCCGCUCCGAUUUCUUCGGCCUGAACUCCUAUACUUGGUGUGGACCUACCAGCCUGACUGCAAACUACGAUGCAUCUGGCUAUAACACCAUCAUCUCCACCUUUGGCAAUACAAGCAUUCCCGUGUUCUUCUCUGAGUACGGCUGCAACAAGGUGGAGCCUCGUGUCUUCGACGAAGUCCCCGUGCUCUACGGCAAUAUGACCUCCGUUAUGAGUGGUGGUCUGGUCUACGAAUACUAUGAGGAGGACAACAAUUAUGGAUUGGUAUGGAUUUACGACAAUGGCACAGCUCAGCUACGAAACGACUACAAUGCUCUUCAAACGCAGUACAACACUCUGGAUGUCAAGGCUCUGCAGAGCAUGGACUCUUCCGCUACAAGCGUCCAAUCAGCGAAUUGCAGUAGCAGUCUGAUCUCCUCCAGCGGUUUCAAUACCUCAUGGACCCUUCCAGCUGUGCCCUCGGGUGGCCAAACGCUGAUUGACAAUGGCAUCUCGAAUCCGAAUCAGGGUAAGCUCGUCAGCGUGACUACCACCACAGUGGCGGACACGGUAUAUGACGCAAAUAGCAACGUAAUCAAGAAUCUGGCCAUCAAGCCGCUCGCUGAUGACGAGAGCAACACGCCAAAUGGCAGCAAUACCUCGGGCCAGUCUUCGUCGACAACAGCCGCAACUCCAUCGCCUACAAAGAAAGGGGCCGCGGGUCGUAAGGAGAUUGGGGUCUAUGGACUUGUUGGGCUCCUGGCUCUGUCCUUUUUCUUUCAGCUAUAG